AUGAUGUCGACGACCAGCUACUCGUGGUGCGAGGCGUCCGUCGCCAAGGCCCAACGCCGCCCGUCGGCGAUGCGCCGUGCUGCACCCAAGGCCCGCGGCCUCAACAAGGCCAAGCCGCAGGUUAUGCCGCCCCGCAACGCGCUCCAGACGCAAGUCCGUGACCUCCAGAAGACCAAGAAGGCCCUUCAACAGCGCCCUAUGCGCAAGCGUUUGGAAGUCGAAGCCUUUGUCGCGACUAUGCCGCCACCAGCACUCGAGUACGUGCUGGCAGCCACGCCAAAGGCGAGCCGCGUCACGUCGCCACCACCGUCGCCGUCGAGCAGCAAGAAGAAAGCCACAAACUCAAAGCGCAAGCCCGGAGAGUCGGUCUCAUUUUCGCAGCUCUUUCGGUUCGCGGACCUGACCGACAAGGGCCUUAUGGUCGUCGGUACUCUCUGCGCGAUAGCCACGGGCUGUGCGCAGCCGCUGCGCAUCCUUCUCUUCGGUGGUGUCGUGUCGGCCUUCAACCCCACUGGCACAAGCGACAUGCUAAGCCAAGUCACGACGAUUUGCCUCACGUUUGUGGGCAUGGGCGUCGGUGUCAUCAUUUGCGGGUUCGGUCAAGUUGCGUGCUGGAGCUACACGUCGUCGCGCCAGGCGCAGCGGCUCCGCGCGUGCUACAUUGACGGCAUCCUCAAGCAAGAGAUCGGCUGGUUCGACGUCAACAACCCGCAGACGCUCUCUAGCAAGGUCACGGAGACGAUCCUCCUCAUUCAGGACGGCAUCGGGCGCAAGGUGGGCGACGGCUUCAACUUUUUCGCCAUGUUUGUGUGCGGCAUUGCGAUCGGUUUCAAGUCGGGCUGGAAGCUCUCGCUUGUCGUUCUUGCCUUCCUUCCGCUCUUGGCGACGGGCAUCUUUACUAUGGUCAAGACGGUCGCGGCCGCGGUCCAGCGCGCGAUCAAAGCCUACGGUGCUGCCGGUGCCGUCGCGGAAGAAGCGCUCAGCAACAUCCGCACGGUGCACAUGUUCAACGCGAUGGCCGCGACAGCCAAAAAGUACGACGAUGCGCUUGUCGAGGCCGAGGCGGCAGGCAUCCAGAAAGGCCUCAUGUCGGGGGUCAGCGGAGGCUUUACCUUUUGCAUGAUUUUCGUGACGUACACGGCCGCCAUCUCGUACGGCGCAGUCUUGGUCGCAAAUGACAACCUCGAAGUUCCGAAAUGCACGAGCGACUGCUACGACGGAGGACGCGUCCUCGUCGUCUUUUUCGGUGUCAUCAUGGGUGCCAUGGCACUUGGCCAAGCUGGACCAUCAAUCGAGGCGACCGCGUCGGCGCGUGCAGCAGCCUUUGACGCAUACGCCAUCAUGGACCGGGCGUCGGCGAUCGACCCGAUGGCAACGACGGGCCGGCGUCUCGACCACGUGGAUGGCCAGAUUACGCUUGAAAACAUUGUGUUUGCGUACCCCAACCGCCCCGAAGUCCAAGUGUGCGACGGAUACAGCUUGGACAUUCGCGCGGGCGAGAAGGUCGCGCUUGUGGGUCCGAGCGGGUCGGGGAAGAGUACGAUCGUGUCGCUUGUCGAGCGCUUCUACGACCCUGUCUCUGGCGUCGUUAAACUCGAUGGUGUUGACUUGAGGGAGCUCAACACGCGGUGGCUGCGGUCGCAAAUUGGCCUCGUCGGCCAAGAACCGUGCUUGUUUGCUGAUACAAUCGCCAACAACAUUGGUCACGGCAAGCCGGGGGCGACGCUCGAUGAGAUCCAUGAGGCUGCGCGCCAAGCCAACGCGUACGACUUUAUCAAGAGCUUUCUCGGGGCUUUGAUACAAUGGUCGGCGAACGCGGCACGCAGCUCUCGGAAACAACGCAUCGCGAUAGCCCGAGCAAUUAUCAAGAAUCCGGCCGUGUUGCUCCUGGACGAAGCAACGUCCGCGCUUGACACGGAGAGUGAGGGCAUCGUACAGGCAUCGCUUGACAAGCUCCUCGAAGCGCGGAAGCGCACGACGAUCAUUAUUGCACAUCGCUUGGCUACGGUCCGGGAUGCCGACCGUAUCGUAGUCUUGGACGGUGGGUGCGUCAUCGAGCAAGGGUCCCACGACGAGCUUAUGCGGCUUCAAAACGGCCAGUACCGCAUGCUUGUCGAAGCCCAGUCCCGAAAAAGCCCAACGAAGCGGACGGGCAGUGUAAUGGCUUUUGCGGGUGCGAACGACGACGUUGCGACCGUUGGUUCGUGCGUGUUGUCUAUCUUGCCGACGACACCCGCGAAUCCAACGCCAGUGGCUGCCACCGAGGAGUUGCCGUCGACCAAACUGCACAAAGUGUCUGCAUCACGCAUCUGGGCCCUAAGCCAGCCGGAGCUGCAGUACACAAUCCUUGGCGCCAUCGGAUCGGUCAUCUCGGGUGCGACGUUUCCGGUGUGGGGCGUGCUUUUGUCCAAGUGUAUUGUGCUUUUCUUCGACUUUAACUUGACGGCAGACGAAAUGAAGACGCGGGGUUGGCACUGGGGCUGCUACUUUUUGAUCCUUGGUGCCACCUACGCAUCUGGUAAGAUCGCGCAGGACUAUGGCUUCAGCGUCGUCUCGGAGCGCCUCACGACGCGCAUUCGCGCCAUGGGUUUUGCCGCCAUGCUGCGCCAAGAGGUUGGGUGGUACGAUCUGCCCGAACACUCGUCCGGGGCGCUUACGACCAGCCUCUCGACCGACUGCGCCAUGAUGCAAAAGAUUUCGGCCGACCUCCUCAAGAACGUGCUCAACAUGGCGAUGUGCCUCCUCACGGCUUUUGCGAUUGCGUUCUACUACAGCUGGCAAAUGACGCUCGCGCUCCUCGCCGUCUUUCCGAUGCUCGCGUUUGCGAGCAAGAUGCGCGCCAAGUCGAUGCAAGCCGACGAAACCAAGGAGAAUCCCGGAGACCUUCUUGCUGGUGCGCUCCUCUCGGAGACGAUCAACUCAAUUCGCACCGUCGCAUCGUUCAACAUGGAGUCUGCCAUCGCAGCCAGCUACUGCAAGCACGUGGCUGUCGCAAUCAAAGAAGACCAGCGGGCCGCGCUUCUUGGUGGUCUCAUCUUUGGUGUUGCCCAGAGCAUGAUGUUCUUCGCGAUGGCCUUCCUCUUCUACAUCGGCGGCUACAUGAUCUCGCACGGCAUCAUCACGUUUGAGCAAAUGUUUAUGGUGCUCAUGGCCAUCAUGAUGAGCAGCUUCGGCGUCGGGCAGGCGGCGCAGAGCCUCGCUGAGCGCGGCAAGGUCGCGCACGCUGCCUCGAACGUUUUCUCGCUCAUCGACCGCGUGCCCAAGAUCGACGCCAUGUCGACGACCGGACGGACACUGGACCGCGUCGCGGGCACGAUCGCAUUUGAAAGCGUUCAGUUUGCGUACCCUGCUCGGCCCGACUCGCGCGUGUACACUGACUACAACCUCGUGAUCGAGGCUGGAACAACGGUCGCGCUUGUUGGCGCCAGCGGCAGUGGCAAGAGCACGGCCAUCGGACUUAUCGAGCGCUUCUACGAUCCGCUGGCCGGUCGCGUGCUUCUUGACGGCGUGGACCUCCAAGAGUUCAAUCUCAAUUGGCUCCGCGAGCACAUUUCACUUGUCGGCCAAGAGCCUGUGCUCUUCACGGGUACGAUUGCCGAAAACAUUUUGACAGGCAAGCCGGGCGCGAGCAUGGCCGACGUCGAAGCUGCUGCCAAGAUGGCCAACGCCCACGAGUUCAUUUCCAAGUUCCCUGACGGGUACCACACGCACGUCGGUGAUCGCGGUGUGCAAGUGUCUGGCGGCCAGAAGCAGCGCAUUGCCAUUGCACGCGCUAUUCUGAGGGAUCCGGAGGUCCUGCUGCUGGACGAAGCCACGAGUGCGCUCGACAACGAAAGCGAGCGCAUCGUGCAAGCGUCACUCGACGCGCUCUUGAAAAUGAAGAAGCGCACGACCGUGAUUGUGGCGCAUCGCCUCACGACGAUCCGAGACGCAGACAAGAUUGCCGUCGCGCACGAAGGCCGCAUCGUCGAGCUAGGCACGCACGAUGAGCUCAUGGCCAUCGGGGGCAUCUACAAGACGCUCGUGGCGCGCCAAAUGGCAGCGACGGAGUCGUAG